GUCUAGAACUCAGUGGGGGGGUGCAGCGAAGAAAAAUAGUCUACCAGCAUCCUGUAAACUGCCUGAAAAAGUUUCCCUUAGAGGACAAUAAAGUAUAUCUUAUUAGAUCAUAUAAGCUUAGAGAAAAAGUCAAUGUAUACAGUUGUGUUUACCCUCUACUUUGUGAAUUACGGUAAUGUCUGCCUACUCUCAGCGACAUUACGGUAAAGUUCCGCCGCAGUCAUUCACUUGUGUUUAUUUCUGGUCUCUGCAGCAGCGCAGCUUCGCUCUGGUUUUUACCUCUUUGAUCUGGAAGCAAAAUCCGCGUUUCCUCCUCAGACUAACAGAGACCCAUCAGAUCUGGGUUUAGUCCGCGGUUCUCCUUCCURAAGAGGAUCUGGUUAAAACUGAGGAAAACRGACCCUGCAGGUCCUGGUUCCUGUUUGGAUUUACAGACUUAGUGUUGAAUCCAUAAAAGUCUGGGUUCAUGCCGGAUUUCGAGCAUUUCAGAUUUUCCUACUCUAGAAUGAAUCCUGUCCUGGGGGAGAGCAGCUUCUUGGCUCCGCAGCAGCACCACCAGAUGACGGGACAAACCGACUCCGCCAUCCCGGAUCCAGGGUACUUCCUGUGGGAUAACGGCGGCCCCGGGCCCGAUGGGUUUUCCGGGCUGGACCUGGGCGCUCUGCCUCCGUCCUCGGGCCURGCCUACCUGCACCUGAGCAGCCCCCUGCACUGGGGGCCCCCGGCGGCCACGGCGCUGCGYAACGACCUGGGCUCCAACAUCAGCGUGCUGAAGACCCUGAACCUGCGCUUCCGCUGCUUCCUGGCCAAAGUGCACGAGCUGGAGCGCAGGAACAAGGUGCUGGAGAAGCAGCUGCAGCAGGCUGUGGACAACAACAGCGGGGAGGGGGGCCAUCAGAAGCCCCUGACCAAAAACACAGGGGUCCAGACUGGAUUUGUUGGACCGAUUCCAACCAGACCCAACUUCAUCCCGCUCCACAACUCCAACAACCCGGCCUACCUGCCCGGAGGCCUCCUCUCCCCCACCCUGAACCCMCCUCCACUCCUCCUGGGAAACAACCUGAACACGGACUCCAACUCCAACCUGACCGCCGGGUUCGGUUCCUCCAGCAGCCCAGGUCUGAGUCCCAGCGACCCGACCAGAACCAACAUCAACGAGAAGCAGGCUUCUUUCACAGCUCUGCCCCCGCCGCMGCGCUUCAUCCCCGGAACCAUCUGGUCCUUCAACCACAACCGCCGCUUCGGCACCGGCCCGUGCGCCACGGGGCCCGGGGUCUCCUGGACGCACCCGGACGGUGUGGGGGUCCAGAUCGACACCAUCACCCCUGAGAUCAGGGCCUUGUACAACGUGCUGGCCAAGGUCAAGAGAGAGAGGGACGAGUACAAGAGGAGGUGGGAGGAAGAGUACGCAGCCAGGAUGGACCUGCAGGAGAAACUGGUUGAACUGGAAGAGGACCUGCAGGAGAGUGAGGUGUGCCAAGAUGAGCUGGCUCUCAGAGUGAAGCAGCUCAAAGCAGAACUGGUUCUUUUCAAAGGACUCGUCAGCAAUGACCUGUCAGAUCUGGACAGUAAGAUCCAGGAAAAGGCCAUGAAGGUGGACAUGGACAUCUGCCGGCGCAUCGACAUCACCGCCCGCCUGUGUGACGUCGCCCAGCAGAGGAACUGCGAUGAUGUCAUCCCCAUCUUCCAGGUGCCCACGCCCCCCUCCACGCUGAGCCGAUGCAGCAGGAAGCUGAGGGACGGAGACGAGCUGAGCGUGUCGGAGAGCGAGGGAGGCAGAGACGAGGAGUCGUGCAGCACGUCGGCCAAUCAGAUCAACGAGCAGAUGCAGAGGAUGCUGAAUCACCUGAGGGAGUGUGAGUUCGAGGAUGACUGUGACAGUUUGGCCUGGGAGGAAACUGAAGAAACUCUUCUGCUGUGGGAAGAUUUUCCUGGAUGUUCACUGGGAGUCGAAUCACAAGGMGAGGAAGAAUCCAUUGAGAAAGUGAUCAAAGACACAGAGUCUCUGUUUAAAUCCAGAGAGAAGGAAUACCAGGACACCAUCGACCAGAUCGAGCUGGAACUGGCCACGGCCAAGAGCGACAUGAACCGCCACCUGCACGAGUACAUGGAGAUGUGCUCCAUGAAACGAGGCCUGGAUGUGCAGAUGGAGACCUGCAGGAGGCUCAUCACGCAGAGCGGGGACAGGAGGUCCACGUCCCUCAUCUCGCUGACAGCAGACGACUCUGAGAACGAGGAGGAGAGGAAGAAACCGGCUCUUCCUGCCAACUCUGACAUCAGCAGCGGUUCCUGCUGCAACCUGAACGCUGCCGUGKCUCCGAAGAGCUGGAGAAAACCCUGACACACACAUUCUGCUGGGUCUCCCUCUGACCCUGCAGACCGACAGAAAAAACCUGCGUCGGUGAUAUCCGGUGACUUAGAGUAGACGUGUUUUUAAAAGAACAGAUUUCUCUUUUCUUUUGUUGAUCCAAAACAUGUCAACUCAUCAAAACGCAGCUAAAGAGAACUUUGACUUUGUUUUCUGAAAUUAAAUUAGAUUCGUUCAGUUUCAUAUUUUCUGAGAGAGAAUUUGAAGAGCUUUGGUAAAAGAUAAAACCGUCUUUCACUGGAUGCAUCUCUGCUGCCCCUUGUGGUUUCUUGCUGUAAAUGGAACGAUGCACUUUAAAAUAUAUUUUUCAUUUUGAACUCCUGGCUGAAAUAAGAAACACAUUUAUUUUCACAAG